UCGCCCCGGAGCGUCCCGAGCCGGCGCGGGCAUGGCCGCGGCAUGAGCGAGGACCCGCCGCCAGAGCCGGAGGACAAGACGGCGUCUGUGCCCCCGGCGGGAGCCAUGCCGGAGAAGCGCCCGGGCGCGCAGGCCGCCGGCGGCAUCUCGCUACAAGGCUUUGGCAGACCAAGUGUAUACCAUGCUGCUAUUGUCAUCUUCCUAGAAUUCUUUGCGUGGGGCUUGUUGACAACUCCGAUGUUAACUGUUCUACAUGAAACAUUUCCUCAACACACAUUCCUCAUGAAUGGUCUCAUUCAAGGUGUGAAGGGCCUGCUAUCUUUUCUGAGUGCCCCCCUCAUAGGCGCUCUGUCUGAUGUUUGGGGGAGGAAACCCUUCCUCCUAGGCACUGUGUUCUUCACCUGCUUCCCAAUUCCACUGAUGAGGAUCAGCCCGUGGUGGUAUUUUGCAAUGAUCUCUGUGUCUGGAGUCUUCUCGGUCACAUUCUCUGUGAUAUUUGCCUAUGUAGCUGAUGUCACUCAAGAACACGAGCGAAGUACUGCGUAUGGAUGGGUCUCAGCCACCUUUGCAGCCAGUCUGGUCAGCAGCCCAGCCAUUGGAGCAUACCUUUCAGCCAGUUACGGAGACAGCCUCGUUGUGCUGGUGGCCACAGUGGUGGCUCUUCUGGACAUCUGCUUCAUCCUACUGGCUGUUCCAGAAUCUCUAUCAGAGAAAAUGAGACCGCUUUCCUGGGGAGCUAAGAUUUCUUGGAAACAAGCAGACCCUUUUGCGUCACUGAAGAAAGUUGGAAAAGAUUCUACCGUCUUACUAAUUUGUAUCACCGUGUUUCUUUCAUACCUUCCUGAAGCUGGACAAUAUUCAAGUUUUUUUCUCUAUCUCAGACAGGUCAUAGGUUUUGGAUCUGUUAAGAUUGCAGCAUUCAUAGCUAUGGUAGGCAUUCUGUCUAUUGUAGCUCAGACAGUCUUUCUUACCAUCUUGAUGAGAUCAUUAGGGAAUAAGAAUACUGUCCUCCUUGGCUUGGGCUUCCAGAUAUUUCAGUUAGCCUGGUAUGGUUUUGGAUCUCAGGCCUGGAUGAUGUGGGCAGCGGGGACCGUGGCCGCCAUGUCCAGCAUCACAUUUCCAGCAGUCAGUGCGCUUGUCUCUCGGAAUGCAGAGUCAGAUCAGCAAGGAGUUGCCCAGGGGAUCAUAACUGGAAUAAGAGGACUGUGUAAUGGCCUGGGGCCAGCACUGUAUGGCUUCAUAUUCUACAUGUUCCAUGUUGAACUGACAGAGUUAGAACCAGAACUGAAUUCUGACAAUGCUGCCCUGCAGGGAGCUGUCAUCCCAGGCCCACCAUUUUUAUUUGGGGCAUGUAUAGUUCUUAUGUCUUUCCUGGUUGCCUUAUUCAUCCCUGAAUACCGUAAAGGCAGUGGAAUUCAAAAACAUAGCAACAGCAUCAGCGGCAGCCUGAUCAAUACCCCAGAGCGGGGCAGUGAUGAGGACAUUGAGCCACUACUGCAAGACAACAGCAUCUGGGAGCUCUCUUCCUUCGAGGAGUCUGGGAAUCAGUGCACUGAGCUGUAAACUUGGCAGAAAGGGGGGUUCUGCACACACCUUCUCUCAGAGCCGUGGGGAGCCACACCACAAGGAGACUUCAUGGUGCUGGAGGGGAGAUGCUAGUGGCAUCCUACAGGGCCAGGUUUGAGAAGUGACCCUCUCCAUCCCUCCACCUCUUCCUUUUUGUUGCUGUUGUACAUUAGAACAAGAUUUGAAGUACUUUCCUGCAAAUGUUUCAACUCUCAAAGUCACCUGGAGUCCAAACUUUGAAACUCAAAUAUAAAGAUUCCUUAUCCCUGGUAGGAUGGCUUUCCUUGAGUAACUCUGGAAGAAGGUGAUAGCAGUUUUUCCAUCUCCUUUUUAGCGGAAGGUGCAGGGUGGAAGUGGACUGCCAUCUCUGGCAAGAUUUGAAGUAAAAAAAAAAUCCCUGCUUAUUUUCUUCCUUCCUGUUUCUCUCCUCUGCCCGCUGAGCCCAUGGGUGUUUAUGAGUGGCCGCUCCAAGAGUCACUCAGUAUCAGGGAUCUCUUGCCUUUGUUCAAAGGUCAACAAAACCCGAGUCUUACUCUCCUUUCCUUCUAUUUCCUAUUCUUGGCUAGAAUGAAAUUCAGCAUAUACACCUCUGGACAUGAAUAUCGAUCAGUGAUCACCUUUAUUAGAUAAAGGGAAAUUUUCUUAAAAAUUUAAAUUCUGAAGAAUGAGCAACUCAGAUCACUGGACCUGUUUUAGUCAGAUCCAAGGUGAUUUUACGGAAGAACACACAAGUAUUCUGGUAGUAACACAGAACUUGAAGGGAGUUUCUAAGAAAGCUUUCAGUAAUAUAAAUAUUCCUAAGUGGGGGUAAGCAUUAGUGACUGAAACCAAUAAAGUUUAUAUCCAAGUUAAGAUUCAUAGAACACACUAUUAGCAUCUGCUCCUGGCUGCAUCUUCUGUCUCCUCAGUUCUUCCUGUUCAUCUCACUCCUGCCUUAACUGCUUUGUUGUAUGCAUCUGUUUUCAAUUGGUCUUUUUGUUUAUCUGACUUUUGAAUUUCAUGGGAAUAUGCACAUCAGAUUCUUUUCUAAAAUAUGGUGGUUUAGGAAGCUCAGUUUCACAAUAAGUGUCUUGCUAAUUUUUCGAGAUGUUUUAUGGACAGAAAACUUUACAGAUUUAUAUGUAUUUUGCUGCACCAGUAUGGACCAUUAAUUAGGGCCCACCCACCUUUAACAGAGCACUCCUCUGGAAGUUUUAUAGGUAUGAAAUAUAUGUAGAUAUUUGUAAGGAGUUUUAAUUUUUUUUGAUGGGGUGCUGUGUAAAUCUUGUAUUUAUAAAUGUAAUGAAGGUGUUGAAAGAAAAAUAUAUAUACAACUUUUAUAAAAGGAUUGUGUACUGACUGAAUACAUUUAAAAGAAAAUAUAUUUUGAAACCUGUUCUGCUAUGAACAGAGAUAACAUAUCUUUUUACUAUGCUGUUGGUUUUUAAGUUAAGCUUCCUAAUGCAUAAUAAAUUUGCAAUGGAUACUUCUA